CAGGUUUCUUCCGAUAAUUCCUCAAACAGACAGGAACCAAAUCAAAACCACUGGCCAUGCUCAGAUCCGGCCUCGCUUCGUUAAUCGUCGAUGUCAAUUUACGGCGCACGUUACUUCCCCUCGCAUCCUUCUCUCACCCUGCUCAUCUUAGCCGUUCCUCACGCUGCGUUCCUCCUUCCCACAGACCUCUAAGAUUUCGAAUCCAGACAUGUAACCACCGCCGUGUAUCCUCGUAUUCGUCUUCUUCGGAGAAACACGGACCAUCUUCGUCCACCCAACGAUCAAGCCUCGCGGGUCAAGAAGACGCAGUCACGGCGGCUCAGAACAGCUUCAACGGUCAUAGCCACCUUGAUGGAGACGACAACUCUUCACCGCAGCAACCCUCUUCCAAAGUUCUUACAUUACCCACCGUUUUAACCAUCGCUCGUGUGGCUGCCGUGCCACUUCUCGUCGCAACCUUCUACGCUGAUAGUUCCUGGGGAACGACUGCUACUACAAGCAUCUUCAUUGCAGCCGCCGUUACAGACUGGCUUGACGGCUAUCUUGCACGAAAGAUGAAGUUAGGUUCUGCGUUUGGUGCCUUUUUGGAUCCAGUUGCUGAUAAGCUUAUGGUUGCAGCUACUCUGAUCUUACUCUGUACAAAACCUAUAGACGUUGCUGUAUUAGGAUCAGUUCCAUGGUUAUUGACGGUUCCUUCUAUUGCAAUCAUUGGUCGGGAGAUUACAAUGUCUGCAGUAAGAGAAUGGGCUGCAUCUCAAAAUGGGAAGCUUUUAGAGGCCGUUGCUGUAAAUAACUUGGGCAAGUGGAAAACCGCUACGCAGAUGACAGCACUAACCAUACUUCUCGCAGGCCGUGAUAGCAAUGUUGGAUGGCUUGUAGCUUGUGGUGCUGGUUUGCUCUAUGUAUCAGCAGGACUGUCGGUUUGGUCUUUAGUCGUUUAUAUGAGGAAGAUAUGGAAAGUAUUACUCAAGUAAUCAUAUACCUAUCAGUUUUGUUUUUUUUUUUGCUUUAACCUGCAUUUGGAUAUAGAGAGGGUCUCAGUCAUCACCUGAACAAACUUGAAUGCUGAAAGUGUUGGUUGGCUUUUUCCCAACAUAAUGUAAAGUAUGGUAUAGUCUUGGUUCACAAUCCUAAUCAUGGUGUAUUGUAGAUUGGUUUUGUACUGGUGUUCCAGUAAAACUUUUAGAUUAAUGCAUCUAUGUUCUUUCUGUUCA